AUGGACGCCGACUACAUGCAGAGUCGGAGGGAAGAAGUCUUAGCUCAACGAGAAAAACGGUGGAGCAUGAACUCCCAGAGAUUGGAAGAAAUUGUGGCGGAGCUGAUGAAGCCCAUCAGCGACGUCCGCCGUAGUUUCGAUACCGAUCUUUGCGCGCUGUUGGAGGAGUACCUGACGGAGGCGGGGCUGCGGGCCCUGGAGGCCGGGGAGCAGCCGGGGCCCAGCAGCGCCGCGCACGAGGGCUACGCGCCAGUGGUGCCCAACUUCGCGGAGCUGGCACUGCUACUGCAGCACUCCGCCUGCCUCUACGGCCGCAAGGUGGACUUCCUCUACCAGCAUGUGAUCAACAUGAGCGACUCGCUCCACAACAGCACCGGGGACGCGACGGGCGGCGCUGAGGAGCACCAACCAGCCGCUGGGGUCCGUAGAAGACGGGCGCCGGCUACCGCUGGAGAGCUGAGGGUCGUGGACUUCGUAGCCCUAGAGCUGGAUGGGUGCCAGACGGCGAGGCGGGAGAGCGAGCCCUCUCGGCCACCGCCCACCCUGCCACGGCUGUAUCUGCAGCUGGAGCCGCGGGUGCCCACCGCCGCGGACGCCCAACUCCUCGACUACCAGGCGGAGCCGAUCGGCCUCCUGCCCGACUUCCACGUCGCCUGGCGACUGCAGAACGGCCUCCUCGUCGAGGACCUGUGCCAGCCGGAGGGCGGCGAGGUGGCGUCGGCCACGCUGCGGGCGCCGCCGCUGGAGCAGCUGCAGGCGGCGCUGGAGGCGGCCGCGCCCCCCGACCCCCCGGAGCCGUUCCACUGCUCCACGCCCUUGCCGGAGCCCGCCGCAACAGAGGACGAGGCGCUGCCGCGGCCGCUCGCCCUGCUGGACCUCUCGCGCGUCCUCGACUCCACCCCGAAGCGGCGGGACCGCAAGCGCAAGCGCGCCGCCAGCAUCGACGACCUGUUGGGCCGGACGGUCAAGCUCAACAUCAGCGCAGAGGCCCAGAGCAGAUUGCUGGAGGUCAAAGAGUUCAGCGUGGCCAAGGCCUGGAUCCGUCGCGUUGUGGACAGCCGGAAGAAGCGGAUUCUGUCCAUGCGCCGCAAACUCUGCUCGCCCUUCUCGCCGCCCGACCAAAACGGUUUCAUCGGCUGGAGUCGAAGGGAGGCGGCGGUGGCACGGCUGGCGACCAAACGGGCCGACGAGUCUGACGACGACGGCUUCUUCGAGCAGAGCUCCCUCGGCGAGGAGAACGGCGAGGAGUCCGCGCACAUCACCACCCACCCGUCCCCUCUCUCCAGCCCUCAGGCGGAAAUCACGAGCGUGGCAGCGGCCAAUGCCAAGUGGAGCGCGUGGCAGGAGCAGGUGUUGCAGCGUGCCGCUCGCCAGGAGGGGCAGGUGGUCGACAUUCAGGCGACGGCGGCGCGCGUUCUGCUCCACGUGCAGAAGGAGAAGGAGCGCAGGACCCUGGAGCAGAUAAUGCAGCUUGAUGCCGCCGCACCCGUAACAAAUGGGUACGGACCCAUAGAGAAUGGACACGGACCCGUAGAGAAUGGGCACGGCCCCAUAGAGAAUGGGCACGGACCCACGGAGAAUGGGUUCGGACCCGUAGAGAAUGGGCACAUGCAAUACGAGCACCAGAACGCGCUCUUAGAGAAUGGUCAUCCGCAGCAGCAAUGCGAUGGGGAUGACUCGAUGUCGUGCCCACGACUUCUUAGCAUCGCCGAAAACGAGACAGACGUUUCGCGGUUGUUCCUAUCCACGCUCUUUUUGGCAAACGCGGGGAACAUAGAAAUUGUCCAGGGUCCCCCAUUGACCAUGAACUCUUUCUCCGUUCGCCUACUGUCAACAGACGAACGGCUGUACCGCGCUGUCACCGCCGCGGACGAACAGAUUCUACGGGAAAAUAAAUUGCUUUUCACCAAGUCCGUAUAUGACUUGCAAAUAAAAUGCGCAAGUUAUUCGUCCUCCUGGCUUUCGUCGCUGCAUGCGCAGCUGACAUUACGAGGAUCCCUCUGUAUCGCAUGCAAACCAUUAUCAAAUUACCUUGAUGCCCAAUACUACGGACCAAUCUCGAUAGGCAACCCGCCGCAGACCUUCAAGGUGGUCUUCGACACUGGCUCCUCGAACCUCUGGGUUCCCUCCAAGAAGUGCCACUUUACCAACAUCGCAUGCCUGCUGCACAAUAAGUACGACAGCAGCAAGUCUCGCUCGUACGUGAAGAACGGAACAAACUUCGCGAUCCACUACGGCUCCGGAAGCCUGUCGGGUUUCCUCUCGCAGGACGACGUCACCGUGGGUGGUAUCACAGUACGCGGCCAGACCUUCGCCGAGGCGAUUUCGGAGCCCGGGCUGGCCUUCGUGGCUGCAAAGUUCGACGGGAUACUCGGCAUGGCUUUUAAGAGCAUUUCGGUCGAUGGAGUCACGCCGGUGUUCGACAACAUGGUGGCCCAAGGAUUGGUGCAGCCCAUCUUCUCCUUCUAUCUGAACCGCGACCCCAGCGCCGCGCAGGGCGGCGAGAUCAUCCUGGGCGGCUCUGAUCCGGCGCACUACCGCGGCAACUUCACCUACGUGCCGGUGCAGCCCACCUACUGGCGCUUCCGCAUGGACCAUGUCAAGCUCGGCGAGCACACCUUCUGCGCCAAGGGGUGCUCGGCCAUCGCGGACACGGGCACCUCGCUGAUCGGCGGGCCGGUGGCCGAGGUGGAGGCGCUGAACCGCGCGCUGGGCGCCACGCCCAUCGCCUUCGGCCAGUACGCGCUCGACUGCCAGCUCAUCCCCACGCUGCCCAAGGUGCUCUUCUCCAUCGGCGGCGGCAGCUUCGAGCUGGACGGCGCCGACUACGUGCUGAGGGUGUCGCAGUUCGGCAAGACAGUGUGCCUGUCCGGCUUCAUGGGGCUGGACGUGCCGCCCCCCAACGGCCCCCUCUGGAUCCUGGGCGACGUGUUCAUCGGCAAAUAUUACACGGAGUUCGACGUGGCCAACCAGCGGCUGGGGUUCGCGCCCGCCGUC